AUGAAAACAAGUGUUCCCAACAGUGUUCGUUCAAUUUCAUCUGGGCUCGGUAGUAGUGUAGUUUCAAAUGGCAUUAACCAAGCUGCAGUGUAUAGUAAUGGAUCUGUUGCUUCAUCAAUAUCAAAUAACCAUAAUCAGGAAGGAAUAGCAAUUGGUGGAUGUGGAGGAUUCCAAGCUUUUCCUAAUCAAAUAAUAUUUAAAGAUUUUGAAGCUCCAGGAAAUUAUAAAGAAACGAUUAGUUUUAGAAAUAAUGACAAUGUUUCCAGAAGAAUUAGCAUUUUCGCUCCAAAGUCUAGGUUUUUCAAAGUGGAACCAGUUAAAAAAAAUACUUCGAACACUUUAGUGGCACCAGGUUUAGAUGUCACUUUCAAUGUUUUCUUUUCUCCCGAUGAAAAAAUAGACUAUUCAUGUGAUCUUAUUGUUAGGACAGAACAAGAUGAAUUUACAGUACCAAUUAUUGCUAUAGGAUUGAGAGCCCUUUUGGAUCUUCCCGAGUCUGUUACUUUUGAUGAUGCUCCAGUAAAGCACACUUCUUCAAAAGUUAUUUACGUAAGAAACAUUGGUAAAAGUAGAUCGAAAGGAUUCAGUUUGGAAGCAGACUUACCUUUUGAUGUUUCUCCAAGAGAAGUACCAGAAUUAAAUGUUGGUGAAGGAGUUCAAAUUAGUAUUAGUUUUAAUCCAGAAAAGACCCAGCAAUAUACAGGCAAAUUAAAGCUAGGAUUUGAUACAAUUAAUUAUAAGACAGUUUUACUGCAAGGUGUCGGAAAAAGUGCAAAUGUAAAAUUGGAUACAAACGUAAUGGCUCUUCCUAAUACAUAUAUAACAUGUAAAACUCAAAGAACUAUGAGAAUUAUUAACAACAGCAAUAUUCGUGUAAAUUUUAAUUGGAAACUUUUUGCUUUAGUGGAGGAUGAAUUUAGUUAUAAGACAAAAUCUAUUGCUCAACUAGGAACACAAUACGAUGAAACAACUCGAGAAUAUAGAUUAAAAAAGAGAGAAAUUGAAAAUGAUGAUAUGAGCUUUAGAGAUGAAGCAUUUUCAAUUUAUCCAAUCAAGGGAGAAAUAUGGCCAAAUCAAGAACUUGAAAUUUCAGUAGACUUUCACCCAACUAAGGAGAUAGAUUUCGAAAAAAUAGCAUUUUGUGAGGUAACAGGUAGAGAAACUCGAUUACCUCUUAAAUUACAAGGCAGAGGACGAGGACCUAAUGUCUCAUUCUCUUAUACAGAAAUUAAUAUUGGUGAAAUAUUUAUUAACUCUGUUCAUGAAUAUGAAGUGAGACUUGAUAAUAAGGGACAAAUAGGAGCUAGUUUUGAUCUCAUAAAACCAAGCUCUUUAUUUGGUCCAAAGUUCCAAUUUGUUCCUCAAAGUGGAUAUGUUGCAGCAACAGAAUCACAAAUUAUCAAAAUAUUUUUCAAUUCAGAUAUCAUUGGUAGUUUUGAAGAAGAUAUUUAUUUUAGAAUUGAAGGAAGACACGAGGAUUUAAGAUUACACUUUAGUGGCCAGAUUAUUGGACCUACUUUUAAUUUUGAUUGUAAUGAAAUUAACUUUGGAACUGUACCUUAUGGAUUCUUGAAUACAAAGUAUAUACAGAUUAUUAAUACUUGCGAAAUUCCAAUGAAGUAUACAUUAAGAAUACCAGAAGAUGGAACAAUGUUAAAAAGACAGUUUGAUAUUAUUCCAAGUGAUGGUCACAUUCUUCCUCACACAAAGAAGCAGAUUAAGAUUGAAUAUCUAUCAUCUAAAUUGAAAGAUUAUAAGGCUAAUCUCGUUGUAGAUGUUGAAGGUGUAGGUGAUAAUUUAAUUUAUCUUCCUAUUUUAGCAACUACUGUUUCACCAAUGAUAACAUUACCUAAACCACAUAUUGAUUUUGGAGAAUGUUUUAUUGGAUAUGAAUAUAAGAAUUUUUUGGAUUUGGUAAAUAAUACAGCUUUAUCAUCCAAGUAUGAGAUUAUUCUUCCUUCAGAGGAAAUACAAAAGCAAUAUGAAUGUAGUACAGAAUCAUGCUUUGGUAUUGUAAAUAAUAAGAGUACAAGUCAAGUAGAAUUUUUAUUCAAGUCUAAAGUGAUUGGUGAAAUUUCAUUCCCAUUAUAUGUUAAAGUUGUUGGUAGUGAACAACCACCAUUUGAAGUUAUUGUUUCAGCUAAGUCUAUCGGACCUGUGGUUCAAUUGAGUGAGUCAGUUAUUGAUUUCGGAAAAGUUAAUGUAUUGGAGACAAUCACAAAAACUAUUCAACUUAUUAACAAGUCACCAAUAGUUGCUACCUACUCAGGAGUAUUCAAGGGAAAAAUAGCUGGUAUUUUCUCAGCCAAAACAUUGUCUGGUAAAAUAGAACCUAAUGCAUCAAUUGAUUUUGAGAUAGAGGCCAACUUGGAUGAUGUUACAAAGUUUUCAGAUGAACUUGUAUUUUCUAUUGAAUAUGCUGAUAAGCUUCCAGUUAAACUAUCUGCAUCUGGUAAAGGUAAUACUAUUAUUGCAACAGAGUCUAUGGAUGUUAUUGAUUUUGGAGAUCAAUUCACAGCUACAGUUUUCAAAAAGAUUAUUACUUUGGAAAAUAAGAGUAGAAAAGUUCAAAAGCUCUCAUGGAUGGCUGAAAGAAAAAAAGGAGAUACAACUCCUCAAGUUUUCAAGAUAACUCCUGAAAAAGUAAUGAUUCAAGCAAAAACAGCUCAGGUAUUCACUGUUGAAGGUUUUUGCGAGAGUGAAGGUGAGGUUUCAGAACCUUGGCAAUGUAAAAUUGCUGGUGGAAAGAAGGAUGUGAUAAUUUUCAGCCCUGUGCUUAAAUCUAUGGUAUCUGUUCCUUUACUCAAAUUUUCUGAUACAUCCCUUAGCUUCAUUUAUAGUUAUGUUAAAGGUGUUCCUCCAUUGGUUCAGUCUAAGAGUUUGGAGGUUACCAAUAUUUCUCCAUUACCAGUAUCUUUUUCUGCAAAGCUUCAACCUCCAUUCAUGCUUGCUGUUUCUGAUCAUACUAUUGGACCUAAUCAAUCAAAAACAUUGGAUGUCCAAUUCAAUCCUGUAUAUAAGAGUGACAAACAAACAGCUGAUAUCAAGUCCAAGAUGAUUUUGACCUAUACUGAUCAUCCAAACAAGAGUUCUGUAGACCUCAUUGGUUCUGUUCUCUUCCCUAAUUUAGUCUUGAGUUCAUCACUUAUCGAUUUUGGUACUGUUGUUGCUGAUGCUGAAAAAACUCACACAAUAACAAUGGAAAAUAAGGGAAAGGUUACAGCAGUAUUUUCAUUUAUUUUUGAAAUUGCUGAAAAUGGAGACCUCUCCACCUCCCAACUCUUUGACAUUCUUCCAAUGAAUGGAAUUAUUGAGCCUGGUGAGAGUGUUGAUGUGAAAUUUAUUUACAAUGCCGCAAAAUUUGGAGCUCACACAGCAACUGCCAUUUGCGAAGUAGAGGGUGGACCUGAAUAUAUAGUGAAUUUGAAGGGAGAAUCUUCAUCUGUAAAAUUCAAUGUGGAUAAUUCUGACCUUGAUUUUGGAGUUGUUCCAUUCCACUCACAACAAGAAAAAGAAAUUGUAAUUUCGAAUACUGGAAAAAUUGCUAUUGACUUUGAUUUUGAUUUCUCUAUAAUGAAGAGAAAAGAAAUCGUUCAAGUUUUACCAUCUAAUGGAAGAAUUAAACCUGGUGAUAAACAGAAGGUUACCAUUAAGCUUAAUCCAAAAAUUCCAGAGGUAAUCAAUGAGCAAUUCACACUUAUGGUGGCAAUGUAUGAACCAAUAAUAAUUUCUGUCAAAGCAUUGUCUGUUCAUCCAAUGCUUACAAUAUCAAUGAAAACCAAAACAGAGGAAGAACCUGGUUCACCAAUUUAUACUAAUCAACAAGAUUUUGAAAAACAUCUCGGUGCUGCUAAAAAACAUGCUUCUAGAGGAACCACAUUAAUGCAAGAAGCCAUGAGAAGGUUGGGUUCAGAAGGAAAAAGCACCAGCUUUAAGAAUUUGUCAUUGGUACAAUCAGUACAAAAAGAAGCCGAGAGAUUGAUGUUGUGCGAUUAUUUAAUGGUAAAUCCAAUGAAGAGUGUCAAGGUUAAAAACUCGUUGGCUAGAGUUUCUAGAAGUACAAACCAAGUUAAACAAUUUGAACAACCAGAUAUUGUGUUACAACGUAUGAUUGUAGACUUUGGUGCAACCAUAAAAGGUUUAACAAAGAAGAAGUCUUUCAAGCUUUCAAAUGUUGGUAUCUUACCAAUAUCAAUCCAGGUAAACAAAAAGGACCUUGCUAAAUAUGGUAUAACAAUGGAGCCAUCUGAAAUUAGUAACCUUCCUGGAUUCCCUGAUAAUCAAUCUGUAAAUGUUGAAAUGUCAUUCCAAUCUAAAAGUGAAAAAGUCGAAAUUGGCGAAUAUAAUGCUGUUAUACCUGUUAGAGUUACAAAUGGAUAUUUAAUAGAAAUUGAGGCUCGUGCAAGUGUUAUUUUACCUGAAAUUACAGUUUCAGAAAGUACUCUCAAUUUUGGUGAUGUAAAUGUUGGCUAUGCAAAAGUAUACACUAUCCAAAUAUUCAAUGAAAAGGAUGUUAAUUCUGAGUGGUCUAUUGAAGCAACAAAGAAGAAAGAUAAUCCUUUCACAUUUGAUAUUAUGGGAGGUAUAUUAAGCCCUAGAGAAAAGAAGAACAUUCAAGUCACUUUUAUUCCAACUGGAGAUAAGAAAAAUUCACAAAUUUUCUUAUUGAAAUGUAAUUACAAUCCUCAGCCAACCAAAAUUACAUGUAAUGGUAAUGGAAAAGAUUUAAAUAUUAAGGUUGAUUAUGUUGAACAAGAAAUGGGGCCUAUUUUGCCAUACGAAUCAACAAUUAUACCUUUUACAAUCAGUAACUCUAGUGAAUGUGCUGUAGACCUUUAUUCUGUUGAAUUUGAUGAGCAACUAAGAAGAGAAUCAGAAAUAAUUCUAACAUGUGAUAGUUUUGAAAAGGGAUACAUACUGGCUAAACCUAGAGAAUUUGGUGGUCCUCUGAAUGAAGAUAUUUUAGAGAAAUAUAAUGAAAUAACAAAACCUCCAAAUCCAGAAGGUGAUGACAAGCAAGAAAAUCAAGAUGUUGGCAUAGGUCAGAUAGAUGAAACUCCUAAAAAGAGACAUAUUUUUGUUUUUCAUACUCCUCCUAUGCCUUUAAGAACUGACUUGGCAUCUUUUAUUUCUACUUCGUUGAAUAUUCCAAUCAUUACUAUAGAUGAAACUCUCAAAGAUUACAAAUCAGCCCACUUGGAUGAAUCUUUAUCAACAGUAUCAAUUUCUGAUCUUAUUGGACUUGCUAUUUCCGAAAGAACUGGUCAAAUUGAUUGCAAGAGAGGAUUUAUUAUUGACGGUUUAUAUAAUGCUAUUUGUAAUGAUUUGGAGAUGAUUUCAAAAAUUAUUGUCGAUAAGCUUCAAACUGAGUCUAUUAACUUUGUAAAUAUUGAUGGAGUUGAAGCUGAAAUUAGACUAAGUGGUAUCACUGAUCUCGUGGAAAAGGCAAGAUCAGCUAUGGAUGAAUCUAGAUAUCCUAAACUCAGCGAGGAAGACUAUGAAUCGUUAGCUGAGGAAGCAAAGAGAAUGUUUGAAUUACAAAUUAAAACAUUCAGAGAAAACAAGAUCCAAUACGAUAAGCUUUACUCAGAGUUAACAAAAGUUGAAAGAGAACUUGAGGGAAGCUCCACCAAAUUAAUAUCAGAAAUUAUUCAAGAGAGAAAGAAAGAAGAUGAAGAAUAUCAAAAGAAGUUGGAAGAAGAGGCUAAAAAGGCUGGCAAGACAAAGAAAACAACUACUGGUAAAAUUCCUUCAAAGUCUAGACCAACUACUCCCUCCUCUUCUGAAGUUAUUCCUCCAUAUAUUUCAUUUAUCGAGGAGCUUGCUAUUCAUGAAAAUGAAUCACAGUACGACAUAUUUAUGAAACUUUACAAGAGAUAUUUCUUUGAAAUAAUAUCCGUAUUCAAAAAACUUCAUUUAGAAGAAAGUCCAGUUGUAACAAACGAUAAGAAUAAGAACAAGGUUGUACAACCAACAAAGAAAAAGGAUGAUAUGGAAAAUGUUAUCAUCACACAGAAAUACAUACCAGAAAAGAAGUCAGAAAACAUGGAUAUGAUUAUGAAAAAAAUUCCUGGUAUCGAAGAAUAUUUCACACAAGAGACUGUUAUUCAGACCCCAACAGAGCUAUCAAUUCCUGAACCAUUCAUCUUGCAAGUUAUUAAGAAACCAACACCUCUUCAGUCUAUUGAUUUAUCGACUCCAUUUACUAUUCUUUCAGGAAAGGACAGUGAUGCAACCAGAUGGACAGUGCAACCUGGUGGAAAACAAGAAUUAUUCAUCAAGUUCUCUUCUAAACAAAUUGGAAAAUUCGAAACUAAUUUGUCUUUUGGAAUAUUUGGAAGAAAUUCGCAAUUUACCAUUAAAACAAGUGGUAUGUGUCAGUAUCCAGAAAUCAGUACUUUCCACAAAAAUGUUUUCAGUAGAAGAGUAAAAACAAGACCAGACAAAGGCCUUGCUAAGAAGUACAUUAUUAAUGAAAAUGCAUAUGAAUACGGACCUCUUCUUAUUAGACCCUCAUAUGAUAUAUCAGAUGAAUCCAAUCUAAAAGAAUAUUUAGAUGUUUUUAGAUUUACUAACAACGGUAAAUUUACCAGUGAGGUAAAUAUUACUCUGGAAAAAGAAGACAAAACAUUCAAUAUUGUACCACACCAAUUGUCAAUUCCACCCGAUCAAACUUCAGAGGUAAAGAUUUGGGCCCUCCCUAAAACAGUGGGUAAAAUCAAAAACUCUGUUAUUUGCACUAUCAAGAAUAAUCCAAUUCCAUACAAAUUUGAUAUUUCUUGCACUGGAUCAAAACCAAAGAUUGAAUUAGACAAGACUAAAAUUGACUUUGGUAAGGUGCUGUUAUCAAGUACAGGAUAUAACGAAACCAUUAACAUCAAAAAUAUGGCCUACAUUCCUGUUGUAUGGAAGAUUAAGAAUAAGGCACAUAUCAAACAAGAGUUCACAAUAGAACCUUCAGAGGGUAAAUUAAUGCCUGGAGAAAAUUCAGCUAUUACUGUCAAGUUCAAUUCUGCAGUGGCAUGUGAAUUAGAAGAAAAGAUGAUAUUAACUGUAUCAGAUGCUCAAGAGAUAUUAACACCAGAAGAAAAUAUUAUUGUUCUUAAAGCAGAUGCUUUUGGUCUUGAUGUAAAUAUGGAUUGUGUUUUAGAUUUUGGUACUGUUAAAGUAUACGAAUCUAGCCCAAAGUCUAUAUCUAUGACAAACAAUGGUAAAUAUGAUGCAGCUUUCAAGUUUGUUAUACCUGAUAAGUUAAAGUCAUUCUUUACCAUUACACCUAUGGAAGGUGUACUUCAAACAAAGGCAAAGCAAAAAACAACUGUUGAAGUAGUUUUCAAAACCAAUACUGAAGUUUUCUAUAAUAAGAACAAAUCUAUUCAGUGCCAACUUGUUGAUAAUACAACAAAAAUGGCUCUUGGAACUACUAAUUUAGAGGUUUCUGUAAAGUCUAUGUUCAGCAAAUUCACCAUUACUCCUGAAAAUGGCAUUAACUUUGGUCCUCUUAGUUUUGAUAAGGAAAGACAAAGACCAUUUGAAAUAUUUAACACUGGUAUUUUUGAUAUUCAAUACACCCUAUUCGAUUACUCUAAGGGUUUACCAGAAUCAACAGAAGAUAAAUCAAAUACCAAUGAUCCAAAGAAAAAGGGUAACGAUACAAAGAAAAACAACAAAACUGCAAAGAAAGUUGAUCCACAACUACAAAUUGGUCAAUUCAUGAUUCAACCAACAGUUGGUACAAUCGCUCCAGGAAGUAAAGCAUCCAUAAAUAUUACUUUCAAGGGAGAUGGAACCAAAGUUUUCCAAGAAACAUUGGGAAUAGAUAUUUCAGAUAGAAAUAUGGAAGAGCAACCAAAUGGUAUUGCUUACUAUAUCCAAGGAGAAUCAUGUGUUCCAGGUAUUGUAACAAAUGAGUUUGAAUCCAUAUUUGAAGAACAACAAAUAGUUUCUAAUAUGGAUAUGAUCCUUAAUCCUCUCCACAGUUCUUUUACUCUGGAUGAAAGAAUUUUCCAUUUUGGUACAAUUCCAGUAGGCAAGAAAGUGACAGAGAAAAUUAAAGUUAUCAAUCCAUUCAAAGUUCCUUGUAAUGUUGAAUGUAGUGUUAAACCUAGAGAUAUGACAGGAAAUAAGGAUAUUAAUAUGUUUGAGGCUAGUCCACCAAAGUUGUUCAUUCCACCUCACGAACACAGAUAUGUCAAUAUUUCAUUCCUACCUCCUACUAUGAAUAACUAUUCUGCCAUCUUUGAGGCUACUGUAAUAGAUGGAAAUGAUCCAAAAACCAAAGAUCUCAAGAUAGAAAUCAGAGGAGAAGGUUCUCUACCUCAAGUAUUAAUCAAAAAACCUGAAAAAGUUGGUGAAAAUUCAAUUUUGAAAUUCCCAAAGACAGCUGUUGGAAGAAGAGAGGAAUUACCUGUAUUAAUUAGUAACGAAGGACUCUUGCCAGCAACUGUUAGAUUUGAUUUCCCAAAUCACUCAUCUUUAUUGUUCCCAAGUAGACUAGAAGAAUUCGUUCUCGAAAGUAAGGAGUCAAAGAAGUUCUCUAUGAUAUUUGAACCUCACCAAGCUGAACAAAUUGAAACAACUCUGAAUAUGGUCGUCUUAGAUAAUCACUUUGAAGAUACCAGUAUUAAGGUUAUUGCUGAAAGCUUUGAAGAAGAUGUAAUUAUCAAUAACCUCCCCCUAGGCAAAGAAAAUGAGUUGAACUUUGGAGACUGCUAUGUUAAAGCAAAGAAUGAAAGAACUUUUGUAUUAGAGAAUCAUGCCAAAGUUCCAGUAAGAUUCCAGUUUGAAACACCCGACGGAAUUACUGUAUCUCCUUGUGUUGGCCAUAUCCAACCAAAAUCUUCAAAAGAAAUUAUUGCCACUUUCUUAUGUGAUGAGCCAACAGAAAUUAAAGGCGAUUUGUUAAAAUGCUCACUUAAAAAGAUAGAAUUUUUAAAUGAUGAAGAAGAAAUUGACUGGGAUGAUAGACACAAGUCCAUUAAAUGGGUAGAAGUUGAUGAGGAAGAGGAAGCAAGAAAAUUGAAGGAAUUGGAAGAAAAGAAGCAAAGAGAGAAGGAGCAAAAGGAAAAUGAAAAGAAAGGCAUUAAAAAGAAGGAAGAAAAGAAGCCAGCCGCAACAAAAACUACCAAAGCAGAAGAAAAGAGUGAGCCACAAGAAGCCAAACCAAAGAAAUUAGUUACCAAGCGUAUGGAGGUUACUGAUCCUGAACCUCAACACAAUAUUAUUGGAGACAUUUCUGAAAAGUCUGUUGCUGUCUAUACUAAUGCUGAUUAUGCCAAAUUUGAAAUUAAUACCACUGAUGUUGUAUUUUCUACCACCAAAAUGUUUGAAACACGUAUUCAUAAUGUCACUCUUAAGAAUAUUGGCAAAGUUUUGCUCAACUUCUCAUGGAGUAGUUCUCAAUAUAUUGAUGGUCCUUUCGAGCUGGAAACUAAGCAAGGACAAAUCAAACCAGGCGAACAAACUAUCUUUACUAUCAAAUAUGCUCCUCAAGAUGUAGACAAACAUGAAGAAAUAUUUACAUGUUAUAUUGAUAAUAUUGAACCUUCUUGCAGUAUUCCUAGUGUUAGAGUUUCAGGCAUUUCUAAAUGUCCACUCGUUCACUUUGAAUUGCCACCAAGUGAUUAUUUGUCAGGAGGAAGAAGAAAGGCAUCCAUGUUCCAAAAUCAAGAAAUAGAAUCAUUAAUUGACAAGGAUAAGACAAGAGUCAUUGAACUUUAUUCUUGUGGUAUCAAAGUUAAAAAUACUAAGCGUUUCUACAUUCUCAAUCCUACCGAUGUGGACUUUAAGUAUAGUUGGCAAAAGAUCCAAAGUGAUCCAAACGCUGAAGACAACUCCUUCUCAUGCUUGACCAGAACUGGUAUCAUCAAUAGUGGUAAAAAGUCAGAAAUUAUCUUUGAGUAUGUUCCUUAUACUAUUGAAACAAAAGAAUCUCUUUGGAUGUUUAGUAUUCCUUCCAGAAACUUGAAUAUACCAUUCUUGGUUGUAGGACAUGCUAAAGAACCAGAAGUUUUCCUGGAUACCGCUCGUGUAAACUUCCAAACUGUAUUGGUGGGUGCUAAGUCCUCCCAAUCUAUCCAUCUUAUCAAUAGAGAGCCUAUCCCAUUCAGUUUCAGCUUUGACCAAACAGAAUUCUUUGAAGAUAAUCAAACCGAUAGACAGCCAGUACUUUUACUUUCUCCAAAGAGUGGAACAAUACCAGCAGAUUCUACUAUUCCAAUCACAUUACUUUACACUCCUACAGCCGAAAGCUCAUUCAACUUCCAAGUUGCCUGCAGAGUAAAGAAGAAGCCAUCUCUUCUCACAUGCAACGUCAAGGGAGAAGGAUUCCUUGUUCAUGAAAGUUUAGAAGUAUCUGAUGAGUCCAUGACUAGAGUCGUUCCAGUAUCCUUCAAAGAAAAUAGUAAUGUUGACUUUGAAAGAGCCCAAAUUAACGAAAAGAAAAUUAAGAAGGUUAUUAUAACAAAUCACGGAAACUAUAACUUUGACUAUCAAUGGUUCCAUGCAAAGAACAAACUCAUUACUAUUAAUCCAGAUAGAGGAACUGUGUUCAAGGGAGGCAAACAAAUUUGUGACAUCAUUUUUAACCCAACAGCACAAGUCAAAUUAGCUGGAUACAAGUGUAUUUGUAAGGUUACGAAUAGUAAUUCCUAUGUCCUUAACUUAUUCGGAUCAGGUGCUCAACCAAAAAUCAACUUUAGUUUCCUUCAAUAUGACUUUGGAGCUCACUUUUUAUAUCAUCAAGGCAUGGAUAAAAGUCCAUCAACAAUGCUUAAAAUUGAAAAUUGUGAUGAAAAGGAUAUCAGUUUUGAAAUGCUCUACGAUAACAAACCGCAUUUGGAAGUUGAAGCCUCUGCCACAGUGCUAAAACCAGGAGAGAGCAGACAAAUCAAGGUUUACUUUAGACCAAGAGAAAUCAAACUCUAUAAGGAAACUGUCAUGUUCGAAAUUAAUGGUCUGUAUAAGACAAGUGUAAUCUUCACUGGCGAAGGAACUGCAUCAAAAGUUGAAUUGUCAAACCCUGUUGAUAAGGUAAUUAAUUUAGGAUCAAUCAGAGGAGGUGAAGUUAUCACCAAAUAUGUUAAUAUUGUGAAUAAGAGUAAGAUUACAGCAAAUGUUUCCUUAUUGAAAGAAACUUUGGAUCAAUUAGCCAAGUGUUAUAUUACCUUGAGUCCAAAGACUGCUUUCUCGAUCCAUCCAAGGCAAGAAGCACAAAUUGGCCUAACAUUUAAACCAGAAUCACGACUUUCAACAUUCAAUGUUGAACUAAAUGCUUACAUAGACGGAAGAAUCAAACUUCUUUCAAAUGUGACAGGUUCUUGCCAGGGUGUAGAAGUCAAGCUAAACACUUCAACCAUUGCUUUUGGACCAGUUGUUCAAAACACUGUAGUUGUUAGCAGGGCAAUUAUAGAAAAUACAGGAGAUAUUGGUGUUAAUUACAAGUGGAAUACCAAAGGCCUUUACAGUGCAUUUUCUAUCAAGCCGUUACAAGGAUUCAUUCCUCCUAAUGAAGAAGCAUUAUUGGAAAUCACAUACUCUCCAACAAAGAUAGAUACUACUGGUCAAUCUUCUACAAUAGAAUGUAAACUAGAUUCACUUAGAGAUCCUAUUCCUAUGACAAUCAGUGGUAUUUGUGUAGAAAAACCAAAAGGAAAAGAAACUUUGUCAUUCAGAGUUGCUGUCAGACAAAAGCAAAACAAAUCCGUAAAGAUUGACAAUCCAACAAAGAGUGAUUGGAGAUUAAAACCAGUAAUUGAUAAUCCAUUCUGGAGUGGAUUGGAAUAUCUUGAAGUACCAGCAAAUAGUACUCGAGAAUAUGAAGUUACAUAUGCACCAUUAUCAAUGACAUUGAACUCUCCACAUAAGGGAACGCUAUUUUUCCCAUUACCUGACGGAAAAGCUAUCCUUUAUGAGUUGUCUGGUGAAUCAUUAGAUCCAUUGCCAGCUGGAUCAAUUAUUAAGGAUUUAUAUGCAAAGGAGCACCAUAUUGAAACUCUUUUCGUUGAAAAUUGGCUCGGGAAGGCCCAAAGAUUUGCUGUUAUUCUUGACGACCUUAAUAUCAAGUCACCUAACCAACUUACUGCUGUUAAUUAUAUUGAUGUACCACCAAUUUCCAAGAGAGAAUACAAGUUCAGCUUCCUUCCUUUCAAGGACGGUCAAUUUGAAGGAAAGGUUAGAUUUGUUAACGAAGAAACCAAAGAAUUUAUUUAUUAUAAUGUCAAGUUUAACGUGUUGAAAGCGAGAUCUUCAGAAGAAAUUGUAAUGGAAACUCCUGUUAGACAAAAGAUUGUCAAGACAGUAACUGUAGAAAAUCCAUUAGAAAAAGAAUCUGUUCUUGCUGUCAAAUGUGACUCUACAGAUAUUAUUGUUUCCUCUGAACUAAGAAUACCAGCCAAGUCAUUUGCUAAAUGUGAGUUUGUUUAUCUUCCGUUAUUGGUUUCCGAUCCUAAGAAGGCCAAGUUGACUAUUGGAAAUGAUGAAUUAGGUAUUUUCCCAUUCGAUUUAUUAUUGAAGCCAAUUGCCAAAGUUUCUGAAAGAAGUACACACUUUUCGGUAUCUCUUGGUAGUUCUCAAACUCAAACUAUUAGAUUUGUAAACUUUGCCAGGCAAGCCACUGAGUACACAUGCAAGAUCGAAGACAACCAAACUGAUUUUGCUCUUGUGGACAAACCUGUUGUCAAAGCUCCACAAGCAACCUCAUUAGAAGGAAAUGAGAUUAGUCUUGAUGUUACCUAUGAACCAACAAUGACUGGUGCAACUAAGGCAAAAUUGAUUCUUACAUCUCCAAUUGGUGGUGAAUAUGUUUUUUGGUUGUUUGGAAAAUGUUCUCCUCCAAGAGCACAAGGUCCUAUUGAAAUUAUUCCAAACGGAACUUCUCAAAUUACAUUCAAGAAUGUUUUCGAUAAGAAGACUGACUUUAAGUUUGUAAUUGACGACCCUUCAAACAGUUUCAGUGUCAAACCAGAUAAUGCAUCCAUGACAGUCAAACAAAAACUUCCACUUACUAUCUCUUACAAACCUUCAAGUGCUGCAUCUUCAAAGGUAACAUAUGGAAAACUCACUAUUAGCUCUAAGGGAAGUCAACUCACUUGGUUGUAUUAUUUGAUGGGAAAACCUAAUAAUUAAAUUAAUAAUUUUAUAUU